GGAACGUGACGUCAUCGCGUACAGCGGGACGUCUCGGAGAAGAUAAACAAAAUAGGAAGGAAGCCUUCGGCCAUACAAUCGCGGCAAAAACGGUUCAAAAAUUAGCUGGCGAGCUACAGUUAGCAGCUCCAUGUGCCAUUUAUUGCUUAAAGCUUCACUAUUCAGCGUUCACAAUCAUGGACGAGGGGAUAAUAUUUCGUAUGAGUGCAUUUUCCGAGCAAGGGGGGAGGAAAUACAUGGAGGACGUGGUCGAGAUACGAAUCGAGUACGAGCCGACGCCGUCGCCAGUCGAAGACUAUCCGAAGCCGCAGGGACAUGGAGGACAGGGGAAAGCGGACAGUGAGCCUACAAAACAGCCUGGAAAAGAGACACACGACCAUAACGUCGCUGCCGAGUCCGGCCCAGCCUCCGCGAUGUGGGUAGAGAGUCUAUCAAAUGAGGACAACAACACACCGGCAUCGGAGGGGAAAGUCGCAAAGCAUGCAGUCGACACCCGCAAGUCUGUGGCGUUUUUCGCUGUUUUCGAUGGCCACGGGGGUCGAGAAGCGGCACAUUUCGCGAGAGACAAUCUGUGGGAUUUAUUGAAAAAGCAGCGGGGGUUUUGGUCGAAGGAUCACAGCGAAGUGUGUGCCGCUCUUAAGAAAGGUUUCAUCGCCUGUCACCAUGCGAUGUGGAAAGAGCUCCCGGAGUGGCCAAAGACUAUUACCGGCCUGCCCAGUACAUCAGGCACCACAGCCAGUGUGAUUGUGAUCCGCGGGGUCCACAUGUAUGUCGCCCAUGUAGGGGAUUCAGCUGUGGUGGUUGGAGUGCAGGAAAACGACUCUGAUAUCACGCUCCAGGCGCUUGAAAUAACACAAGACCAUAAACCUGAACUUCCCAAAGAAAAAGAAAGGAUUGAACGACUGGGUGGCAGUGUCAUGAAAAAAUCUGGAGUAAACCGUGUUGUGUGGAAGAGGCCCAGGCUGACCCAUAACGGCCCUGUGAGGAGGAGUACAGUCAUUGACCAGAUCCCCUUCCUGGCUGUGGCCCGAUCCCUCGGUGAUCUGUGGAGCUACGACUUCUACAGCGGGGAGUUUGUGGUUUCUCCAGAGCCCGAUACCACCAUGAUGACCCUUGACCCCAGCCGGCAUCGCUACAUCAUCCUCGGCAGUGACGGCCUGUGGAAUAUGAUGCCGCCCAAGAAUGCAGUCAAUAUGUGUUCCAGCCACGACAAAAUGGUGGGACCAAAGGGAAUGUCUUGCGCCCGCCGGCUGGGAUGUACAGCCCUUCUGUUUUGGAAAGAACGCAUGCUCCGUGCAGACAACACAACAGUUAUCGUCCUGGCCCUUCAGGAGCGCGGAGGCCCACCUGUCCCUAUGCAUCGAGAUGAGAUUGUUGUUGACAUGUCUACAGGAAUGGACCAUGUUCCCUUCCCAGGAACUGCUUAUAACACGUGUGUGGUCCCACAGGAGGAGCAUGAUGAGGAUGAGGAUGACAUGUUUUUUGAAGAAGAUGAGAUAUUUGAAGAAGAUCAUGAGGGAUGGCCAUGCCUGGAGUGGUAGUGAGCAGGGUGAUUCAGCAAGUGCUCCCUCCCCACUCAGAGAAAGUUCCACAGCUCUGGAGCAGGCCUUUGGGCUGUAUGAAGCAGCUUUCAGUGCCACCGCACAGCUCUUACCUGACUCUGACUCUGUGAGGGCCACUCUGCCCGCCUCAGACGCUUCAGCAAACGAUUUCGAAAAGCAAGACUCUGCAACCCAGCUGGACUGCGCUGCUCCGGCUCCUCCCUUUAAAAGGCCUCGCCGUUCUCCGCACACACAUGCUGAGCUAAGAGGUUGCCCUCGUCGUCUUGGCCGGUCCUCCAACAAAAGUUUCCCCCAGGAGAUGCCGGAUGGCAAUGUACAAAGGGAACAUUCCAGUCAAACUCACGGCCAAAAGAGAAGCUCCUCUGAGGAAAGCAGUGUCCUACCACAGCACCAAAACUCCCCCUUGUGCAUGUGCUGAUUCUUGUCUCAGAGAAACUGUGUUUGGGGGGCCAAUUCCUAGAUGUAUACUUUUUAUAAAAAAAAGUCUUUGUUUUUGUAAAUAUGUGAGAAAUUUGAGAUUGUAAAUGUGUUGCUGUUUUAACCUUUUUCUUCCUUGUCUUCUUCCUGCCCUUUCUUUAAAAUUGAGUGUUCGCAGAAAUUUUAAAAAUCCAUUCAAUCUACACAAUCUAUUUUCAUACGUAAAAGUAUGUAUAGUAUAUCCAAAAGAUGUAUUUUCAGGAUGGAUAACUACAAUCUGAGAUAACAUCGGUUCACCAAAAUUGUGACACGUGCGAUCUUCCAGUUUAGAUUUCUAACGAAUGGUUUUACUGUUUUAGAUUGAUUUUACUUGGAUGCCAUAACAUCCCAGUCUUUCAUUCAUUGGAGUUAAUACCUCAGACCAGAUGAAAUGUGCUACUCUGACAUGUUAGGUUUUUGUUUUUUUUAUCAGGUUCAAUAGAAGCCCCUGUUAGUGGUGAUGCUGUAGCGUGCAAAAUAAUGGAAAUAUUUGAAAAUGGUCUGAGGUAUUUAUAAGGAUAUUGAUUUUAAAUAUGUUACUUAUUUUGUGUACCAGUGGCUAAUUAUGUACUGUCAUGAUCACAAUUGCUACUCAGCUAAUUGGUGUAUCUUAUGCAUAACUUGUGAGGAGGCGUUAAAGGGUCUUUUCACCCAAAUUUGGAAAAAUAUUCUCUCAUUUUGCCUAGUGGUAUCUCUAUCCAUGUACAUAAUGUGUGAUUGCAGUGAACUGACCCUUUGAUGGUACUUUGAUGGACAGUUUUAUUCUUUGCUGGAGAGAUCCAUCUUCAUUUUUUAUUUAAACAACGGGUUUUGGUACUGUAAUUAGGUGCUGAUGUGAAAGCCAAGAUCAAUACCUGUGCCUCACUGGAAGAUGGUUUUGAGUUUGCUUUCUCCUUGACUUUUGUUUUUAUAACACCCAAUUUAUUUUAAGUGUCCACUUGGCACUAACACCAUUCCAACAGCCUUUUCUAUUUGUUUUCAUAAUCUUGUAUCCUUAUGUGUGGUCUGCUCCCAUAACUUGUGUUUUAAUCUGCACAUAAAACACCUUAUGGUACGAGCGCAGGAAGUGCCCGUUUCAUGUGUGUGUGUGUGUGUGUUGUGAAUUUGUAGCUUGUGUUAACAUGGCAGCUCAGUUACUGUUUAAGCUGAUUUAUUUGCCUUCCUUUUUCCAUAAAAACGUAAUGGUCGCCUUAGCACAGAUGAGUCAAAGGUGCUAUUCACAGGGUUUCAUAUUUGGGACUCAAACUGAUGAGAAUCUCUAGGAUAUCUUAAUGUAAGUAUGGCUGUGGCCCAGUGUGUCAUGCUACCAUCUGCACUACAGCAUACAAAACCUGGUUCAUUUUUUUUUUGUUUCUGGUACAGUUUGUUGAUUUUGUACAGCACGUCAAUAUGCAAUAGUAGUUUGUACAGUACGUUAUUAUGCAAAAUUAUCGGGUUCUUCAGGAGUCUGGCAUGCUGGGAUCUACUCUGUAUGUUGUGAAGUGUCCAGAGGUAAUGGAUGUUAAUGGGCAUGUGUUUUUUGUUUUUGACUAUGAUAAUACUUUGUGUCUGGCUUCAUGUCCACUGCAACCAGUUUUCAGGACUAACUGUAUAAGCUACAUGCGUUGAAAGUGACUGGAUAUACAGCGUCUGUGUGUUGUAAUAAAGUUCUCAUUUUUCAAAUC